CUACAUGUCUUCCCCACUUCCCUCUCUGUCAACUCCUCUGUUUAAAUUCCCCCCAUACAUCUCCCCUGCCCCCACAAACCACUUUCCCAUCUCCCUCCCUAUCCCUCCUCCAUGGCCUAUUACAGAAGAGAUCCAUCAAUCUUCGACACCUUCACCCUUUCCCCUCUUCCCUACCCCGUCAUCUUCAUCCUCGUCACUGUCAUCCUCCUCCUCGCCCUCUCUUACACCUUCAACUACGAAGACCUGCUCGAAUCCCUCCAUGAUCGAAUGAGUCUCGCUCUCCUCCUCACUCCUGUCGCCCUUCUCCUCCUCAUCCGCCUUCUCAGCUCUGCCGACUCCCUCUUCGACGGCGAUGGCCUCCUCGGCUUCUUUUUCCCCUCCGAACGUCGACGCUACCGAAGCUUUUAUGAAAGCGGAAUUCAGAAGGACGCCUCUCCAUGGGGCGUCGCCGUCGCCGUCGUCGUCCUGAUUCUACUGGCUUCGUUUCGGUCCACCUUCGAGGACAUGUGGGGACCUUGAUCCGUGAGCUGUUUGUUGGGUGAAGUAUUUUGUAUUCAUGUAAUGAUGUGUAUAUAUUAUUAUGUUUAGGUGAGACUGUUUAUAUUUGGUUUGUUUCUUGUGAAUGG